ACAAAGUUGGGUCGAACAGAGCAGACAGAGAUCUAUUGACUGUCACGAUCUCGUACAACGGCUCUCACAUCCUCUUCUGCUUGAAUAUUUGGCGCUAGGUUCCGUCCCACGAGCUCUCUUGACAAGCGAAGCUAGCCGAUUAGUUUGCACUUGCAAUUGGAAUUAUUUGCUCUCAACCACAAUGAAUGCACGUCGUACACUCGCUUUUACUUUAGCCUUGCUCUUCGACGCUUCGGCAGUUGGAGCGUUUACAUCUCUCUUGACAACCUUCAAAACGAGCCGUAUCUCUAUCACUUAUUUGCCGGCCACAGUCAAACCUGCGCCAAAAAACAAGGGAUACGAACCCAAAUGGAAGAAGAAGGAGACUUUGGCCGACCAAAAUGGGGGCAUCAAAGAUUUCAAGCAAAUCGGGCUCAAGGGAAACGUCCCGGUUAUAUUCAAGCAAGGCAACGAGACCCGCGCGACCGUCGCCUUGGCAGGGCAGCCACUUCGCGAUGUCGCGACCCAAGCCGAUCAAUUUAUCAAGUACGGAUGUGGCAAAGGGGAAUGCGGCACCUGCGAAUGCCUCGUCAAUGGACAAUGGAUUCGACCUUGUCAAACCAAUGUACCCGGAAAUUUGGCCCCGGGUGAAGAGUACGUUGUUCAGGUGAAGGAAGUCAAGAACAAGGCAGUUAGCUCCGGAAAGUUUUAUUCUUUUCGAUCUUUUAUCAUGGGAUUCUACAAUAAUUUGCUCGGCAUGGUUGGGUUCGUCAAAUACCGUCGAGCAGCUAAGAAGAAUUGGCUAGAGCGACAAGAGUACGAGGACUUGAUUCGGCAAAAGACAAUGCAAAAGAAGAUAGCGAGAGAAAGAUCUGUCGAGGAGGACAAAAACAACAAAUUGUCUCCUUGACCUCAUCUUCACUGAUGCCACUAGGUUGUCAAGUGUUCAUAAAUACUGCACCGAAGUAUAGUAUCCAUGGCAAUAGCUAGGGAAUGUUGAAAAAUAUUUUACAAGCCUUUUCAGUCUG